AUGCUCGAGUACGACAACUCGGCGUUCUACUACUUCUCCGUCUCGCUCUGCGCGCUGUACGUGGUGCCCGUGACGUUCCUGUCGCUCCGCCGCAUCCUCUACGGCGUCUUCCUCAAGGACCGUCUGCUCGACAAGAGCCACGUGCGCUGCGAGCGCGAGCUGCGCAAACUCAAGCAGCUCCAGGCCGAGAAAACGGCGUUUCGCAAUGUGUUUUCGCUCCCCUUCGUCUUGAAUUUGCUCGUGCUUGUGGCCGUGUGGUACGGACUCGUGCGCAUGGCGCUGCUGCUCAAAGACGACUCGGAGAUCAAGUCGUUCGACCCGUUCGCGAUCCUCGGGAUCUCGGUCGGCGUCUCGGAGCGCGAGAUCAAGCGCGCGUACCGCAAGAUGAGUCUGUUGUACCACCCGGACAAGAACCAAGGCGACGCCGUGGCGGAGCAGAAGUUCAUGCUCGUGGCCAAGGCCUACGAGGCACUCACGGACGACGUGGCUAAGGCCAAUUACGAAAAGUUUGGCAACCCUGAUGGCCGUCAAGCCAUGCAGCUCUCGAUUGGGCUGCCGACGUUUUUGCUCGACCCGGCCAACCACAAUCUCGUGCUGUUUUUGUACUUGCUCAUCCUCGUGGUGGCGAUCCCGAGCUGCGUGGCGCUCUGGUACUCGCACUCGAAGAAGUACGGCGACAGCAUGAUCAUGUACGACACGUACGGCUUUUACAACUUUGCCAUGUCGCAGAACUCGCACCCUCGCAUGCUGCCGGAGAUUCUCGCGGGCUCGGCCGAGUUUCGCGAGAUCCCGCGACGAUCGACAGACGAGGCUGAACUUGCAGCACUGGCCAAGAAACUCAAGCAGACGGACAUGAUGGCCAAGCCCAAGUUUAACCAUCCGGCAAUUACCAAGGCCAACUUGCUGCUGCAUGCCCACUUUCUGCGCGAGGAGCUUAGUCCUGCGCUGCGAGGAGACCUCAAUGCGAUGUUGAAGAAAGCGAUUCAGUUGGUGGAUGGUAUGUUGGAGAUCUCGGUGGUGAAGGCAUGGCUACAAACUUCGCUGAAUCUCAUGGAGAUGCAGCAGUUCUUGACGCAGGGAUUAUGGUUUAAGGAUCCACCGUUUCUGCAGCUCCCACAUUUGACAGAAGCAGAGGUCAAGCACAUUGUCACGGGCAAGAACGCCGUGCGCAGCAUGCACCAAUACAUUGCCACGAAGCCAGAGGAACGCAAAGGUCUGACGGGGCUAUCCGAAGAAGACCGCGCUGAAGUGAACAAAGUGCUGGAAAUGAUGCCCGACAUGGAGUUGGCGAUUACGAUUGAUGUGGACGAUGAAGAGUUUAUUGCUGAAGGCGACAUAAUGACGGUAACUAUCAAGCUCACCCGUAAGAAUGUAAAGGAAGGCGACACAUGCGACCUAGUGUACGCGCCUCGGUUCCCUUACCCGAAGAUGGAGCGCUGGUACUGUGUGGUGGGCGACUCGAAGAUGAACCACCUGCACGCUUUUUCCAAAAUGACAUCGCAAGAGCGGGUGGCUGAGCAGAAGUUACAGUUACAGGCUCCUGCCAAGGCCGGUACCUACCAGUUGGAUGUAAUUGUCAAGAGCGAUUCAUACGUCGGCAUGGACUUGCGCGCUCUUGCUAAGUUUACCGUUGCUUCUGCAUCCACUUUGCCGGUCUACCAGCCGCAUCCCGAGGACUUGGAGUUAGAUAACGAGCCUACACUGUUUGAGCAGGUGAUGAAUGCGGCGGACUCGAGUGAUAGCGAGGAAGAGGACCCGGACUUGGAUCAGGAGGCGGCUGAGAAGAAGGCCGAGGAGAGUAAGAAGGACAAAUAG